GGAACCGCAUAAAUAUUAUUUUUAAGUGAUUUUUAACCGUUCUCUCAUCAAAAAAUUCAUUCAUUCUCUCUUCUAGGGUUUCUUCCGCUCCCAAAACAAUUUCGCCCCCAACCUCUUGGUCCUCUUCUCUUCUGUCUUCAAUUUUCGUUGCAUUCGCAGGCGAACUUCUCCGUUCCCAAUGCCGCUUCCGGCGAAACCGAUGAGGGAUUUCGACGAGUCGGCUCCUCCGUCGAACAAUCUGUGGGUGGGGAAUCUGGCGGCGGACGUCACCGACGCCGAUCUGAUGGAGCUCUUCGCCAAAUACGGCGCACUCGACAGCGUGACGUCAUACUCCGCUCGCAGUUACGCGUUCGUGUUCUUCAAGCGCGUCGAAGACGCCAAAGCCGCUAAGAACGCUCUCCAAGGAACCUCUCUCCGCGGCAGUUCCUUGAAGAUUGAAUUUGCCAGACCGGCAAAGGCUUGUAAACAACUUUGGGUGGGUGGUAUUAGCCAAGCUGUUACAAAGGAAGAUUUGGAAGCUGAAUUUCAUAAAUUUGGUACAAUUGAGGAUUUUAAGUUCUUCAGAGACAGAAAUACUGCAUGUGUUGAAUUUUUCAAUUUGGAAGAUGCUUGUCAGGCUAUGAAAAUCAUGAAUGGGAAACGAAUUGGUGGGGAGCAUAUUCGUGUUGACUUCCUUCGUUCACAAUCUACAAAAAGGGAUCAGUUGCUUGAUUAUGGGCAGUUUCAAGGAAAAAACUUGGGGCCUACUGAUGCUUAUUCUGGACAGAAAAGACCACUGCAUUCACAGCCUCCAAUGGGGAGAAAAGGCGACAGUCAACCAAGUAAUAUUUUGUGGAUUGGUUAUCCGCCUGCUGUUCAGAUUGAUGAACAAAUGCUUCACAAUGCCAUGAUUUUGUUUGGUGAAAUUGAGAGAAUCAAGAGUUUCCCUUCGAGAAAUUAUUCUAUUGUUGAGUUUAGAAGUGUUGACGAAGCUCGACGUGCAAAAGAGGGCCUUCAAGGACGCCUUUUUAACGAUCCUCGAAUAACAAUUAUGUAUUCCAUCAGUGACCUAGUACCUGGCAGUGAUUACCCUGGCUUUUUUCCUGGAAGUAAUGGACCGAAACCUGAUGUAUUGCUGAAUGACCAUCCAUUUCGACCAUUACAAAUGGAUGCAUUUGGUCAUAAUCGUCCAAUGGGUCCAAAUAAUUUUCCUGGACAGUUACCACCUAGUGGUAUUAUGGGACCAAACAUACCAAUGCGACCUUUUGGUCCUCACAGUGGUGUUGAAUCUGUUAUUUCUGGCCCUGAGUUUAAUGAGAUUAAUGCGCUCCACAAAUUUCAGGAUGGUAGCUCCAAGAGUAGCAUGGGUCCAAACUGGAAAAGGCCAUCUCCUCCUGCACCAGGGAUGCUUUCUUCUCCUGCACCGGGUGCUAGGCUUCCUACAAGAUCAACCUCGGGUGCAUGGGAUGUGCUUGACAUAAACCAUAUUCCAAGAGAUUCUAAACGUUCAAGGAUAGAUGGACCCUUGCCUGUUGAUGAAGGCCCAUUUCCUUUGAGGAAUAUAGAUGAUCGGGGGUUAGCUCUAGAGCAGACAUAUGGGAUUGACCCAGCUAUUGAUGGAGGUGGUUCUGGUCCAUAUGUAAACAUUCAAGGAAAGAGUCACCUUGGUCCAGUUAGCUCAAGGAUUACAGCUGGAGUACAUGGUGUCGCCCAACCUGAUAUUGAUCAUAUUUGGCGUGGAGUUAUUGCAAAAGGGGGAACUCCUGUUUGCCGUGCUAGAUGUGUACCAAUUGGGAAAGGAAUUGGGACUGAGCUUCCUGAUGUUGUUGAUUGCUCAGCUAGGACGGGAUUGGAUAUACUCACAAAACAUUAUGCUGAUGCAAUUGGUUUUGAUAUUGUUUUCUUUCUGCCUGAUAGUGAAGACGAUUUUGCUUCAUAUACCGAGUUCCUUCGCUAUCUUAGUGCGAAAAAUCGUGCUGGUGUUGCCAAAUUUGUUGAUAACACCACCUUAUUCUUGGUGCCUCCUUCUGAUUUUCUCACAAGAGUUUUGAAAGUCACUGGACCUGAGCGUCUGUAUGGUGUGGUUCUUAAGUUUCCACCAGUGCCAAGUAGUGCACCUAUGCAACAACCAUCACAUUUGCGUGUACCAACUACUCAGUAUAUGCAGCAGAUUCCUCCUUCGCAGACUGAAUAUGGUUUGAUUCCUGUAAAAGAGGAACAUAUUUUACCAAUGGAUUAUAACAGACCGUUGCAUGAGGAUUCCAAGCUUCCUGCUAAACCAGUCUAUCCACCAACAGGUGGCCCCCCUCCAGUUCAUUCUGGGCCUCCAGAUUAUGCUCCUAAUAAUACUGUUGCUGGGUCCCAAGCUGGAGUUGCAUUAACACCUGAGCUAAUUGCAACUUUAGCUUCUUUUCUUCCUACAACUACACAAUCACCUGCCACUGAUGGUGCCAAGUCAGCUGUAGGUUCCUCGACCAUGAAGCCUCCAUUUCCUCCCAUGACACCAAAUGAUGGAAAUCAAUCUCAUUUAUGGAAACAGGAUAAUCAAAUUGCAGAUCAAUCCACUCAUCCUCCUCAACAGUUGAGGAGCAUGUAUAACAUUCACAAUGCUCACUAUCAGCCCUAUCCACCAGCAUCUGCUCCUUCUGGCAAUCCUUCUCAAGUGGUCUCUGGCAGUUCUCAUAUCCAAGAUACUGCUGCCAGCAUGCAGCAGCAAGGUGCUGUUUCAUCAAGACACAUGCCUAAUUUCAUGAUGCCUACUCAAAGUGGACAGGUAGCUGUAUCCCCCCAUGCCAGUCAGAAUUAUCAAGUUGAGGUCUCCCCCAGCAAUCAGAAAGGUUUUGGAGUGGUGCAGGGAACAGAUGCCUCUGUUUUAUACAAUUCUCAGGCUUUCCAGCAACCUAAUAACAAUUCUCUGGCUUUCCAACAACCCAAUAAUUCUUUUGCCUUAUCUAAUCAAGUUAAUAGUACUAAUGCUUCACAGCAGCAAACUGCCAUGCCAUAUACAGUGGACCAGGUAAACCCGGACACCCCCAAUCAGCAACUUCCUAUGUUUGGAGUCAGUCAAGGACAAACAGAGGUAGAGGCUGAUAAGAAUCAGAGAUACCAGUCAACGUUACAAUUUGCUGCCAAUCUUCUUCUCCAAAUACAACAACAACAGCAACAAGCCCCAGGAGGACAUGGGCCAGGACAAUGAGAAUUGUUUUCUGUAAUGACCGUGCUUAGGGAGGAGAUACAUGGUCGUACACGACGAAGGUGACGGCGACUUGGCGAUUGUUCGACGGCCAUUUUUAUUUAAUUGAACUAGCUCUUUUAUCACCAACUUACUCUUUCCUUUUAACAUCUCUGCUCUCUACAAUCUACAAAGGUGUAAGGUUGGUUUUUGAUUGUUGUUACUGUUUAAUGUAUAUAACAAUUUUCAUCUGAUGUCGUUCUAACUGGAAUACAUGUUUUUUUUGGGCUACCUACGAGACGUGUGAGAAAAAUUGCAUCCGACUGUGGGUCCAAUUAUGACUAGAAUAUUUCGUUUUUGUUAAAUUGUUUUGUCGUCGUGUCACUUUGGGUUGGGAAGGGAAUCGCAUGAAUGCUGCUAGGUUGUCCAAAAUAGUGCAAGUAAAUGUUUGAAAAUCGAAAAGGUACUAUGGUUCGUUCAAA